AAUCUGGUACGUUGGAUCGUAGUAGAUUGGACGGUCCAGAUGCUCUCUGCUGCUGCUGCUUGUGGUCUGGACACCGGAGAGACUCACCGCGGCAGAGUUGAGUACUCGCCGACGACGAGGCCGGCGGCUGCGCGCCACCUCGCCGUUUCCCUCUCCGCCGCAUCCACACGACGACACAUGGCCUCCGCCGCCGCCGCCGCCGACCCCGGCGCGGCGUACAAGCUCCUCCUCUCCUGCCCCGCCGGCCUCCCCAGAUCCCGCGUUUCGGUUAAAUUUGAUCAGUCAUUCGAUCGGAUUCCCCAUCCGGAUGCAGCCUUGGAAGAAUCAAUAAGUGUGAUAUGGAACCAGAGACUUAAGCAGAACCCGUCGUCGUACAGCGGCACAAAAUUUCGGUAUGGAGGACACGCUGUGCACUACAAAGAUGAACCAAAUAAGGAGUAUUGUGUUUCACUUCAUUUGGGUCUCACAGAUUACAGCACAUUUGUGGGAACAAAUCUUAAUCCAUUGUGGGAGAAAUUUUUGGUCCCAUCUGAAGAUGAUUCUGUGCAUUGCCAACACAUGUCGAAUCCACUGGGAAAUGGUGCAAUUGUUCAAACAUCUGAUGAAAAGAUCAUCGUAUUGCAAAGAAGCUACAAUGUUGGGGAGUUUCCAGGUUACUUUGUUUUUCCUGGAGGACAUUCCGAGCCACAAGAAAUUGGAAUCUUGGCACAUCAAACUGAUGAAAAGGACCUUGCUGUUCUCAACGAAAGAGUUUCCCAAGAGAUGUUUGAUGGAAUCAUCCGUGAGGUAGUUGAGGAAACUGGAGUGCCUUCUAAUUCACUGACAGAGCCUGUCUUCAUUGGAAUUUCUCGCCGGGAGAUGAAUGUUAGGCCAACUGCAUUCUUUUUUACAAAAUGCAACAUAGAUUCAGGUGGAGUGCAUGAAUUAUAUUCUAGAGCUCAAGAUGGUUUUGAAUCUACAAAGAUGUAUGCAGUCUCAGAGGAAGAGCUACUAGGAAUGACCGACCGAAUGCCUGGUUGCCACCGUGGUGGCUUUGCUCUCUAUGAAAUGAUGAAGACUGCUGCCAAAAAAUCAUGAAAAUGAACAAUAGUGAUAUUGAAUUCUUCUCUAAUAUCAUAAAAUAAACAGGGAGAGAGAUUGGCGUCACAAGAAAACAAUACAGUAGUUACUCCUUUUCUCUGGAGCUGAUGCAUUUUCUUUCCCCUUGUUGCACUGAGAGUUUUUCAGUACAAGUGCGGAAGAAAUAAGUUCUUAUUUACAUUCUCAAUUUAUUUUUUUAUUUUUUUAUCCUACAUUCUCACUUUGUUGCUUGGAAUUGAUGUUGUAAUUGAGACCAUCGCACUCGUGACAUGAUUUCUAUCUAAUCAAAAUUCUUUCAGUUUCAGAUGUUUAA